GUUAAAAAUGUGUAAUUUUUAGGUUUUUUUUUAACAAUUUGAUAAAGAAAAAGCCGUUAGGAGUGAAUGUAAGUCAUUUCCCAACUGCCGCCGUUGUUCCAGGUGGAAAAGUGGGCCGGAAAAGUGUGAGAAACUUGGAAAACCGCAGCGCAAAAAAUUUCUGCUCGUUCUCUCAGUUCGUUCUUAGUAUACUCGCGAGUCCUUGCUCAGUUUUUAGUGUACCUGCGUGGCCAGAAGAAGUGUCCUCGUCAGCAGCACGAUGCAUAUAGUUUCGGCGCUCCUUGUGCGAAGGUCUCUCUGCCGGUUUCUGGUGCCGGUUGUUCGGCAAUUCUCCGGCAGGCAAACGACACCGGUUCCGGCACCGGCACCAACGAAAACACUACCUUCACAAACAGUGCACUUAACCAGUAACAGUGGAAUCGCCGGUUAUCGGUUGUUGCGGUCGAUGAGCUCUCAGGACACCACAGCGACCGCGGGACCGACGAUCGAUCCGGUAACCUUCGAGGUGGUGUGCAGCGAUACGCUCGAGUCGUUGUGCGACUAUUUCGAGGAGCUAAUCGAGGGAACGAGCUCCCUGUCCCAGGCGGACGUGAUGUACAGCGAUGGCGUGCUAACGGUAAAUUUCGGACGACCGCACGGGACCUACGUUAUCAACCGGCAGUCACCGAACCGGCAGAUCUGGCUCAGCUCCCCGACCAGUGGCCCAAAGCGGUACGACUUUGUAUCGGACAAGGACGCGAUCGACAAGGGCUACUGGCUGUACCGGCACGACGGGGUAACGUUACACGAGCUGCUGCAUGAGGAAGUGAGCAAAAUCGCUGGCCGACCCCUGGACUUCUCUGCCCUUCCGCAUAGCCAGCGGGGGCCUUAAAUGCGAGGAAGACAUCACAAGAGUCGCGAUAGCGGCCUGAGGCUAGUGGCUAAUGGCAUUAGAUGACCAUUCUAGGAUCUCGGGGUUCAUCGUUUCCGUUGGUAUCUUUUAUCAACUACGAUGCCGGGGAUUGGCGAUUGUCGAACAGCUAAACUGAGCACAAUACCCUAAACUAUAAAUAGCUUAAAAUAAAGACAGACUGAAAGUUC